AUGUCCAAAAAGCGUAACAUCACUGACCUCAUCAUGAAUGUUGGUACUGGUGGAGGUGAAGGUGGAGGUGGUGCACCAGUUGCUGCAGCUACAACUGCUGCUAACGGAAGAGUUGCAGCAGCUGCUCCUGCCAAGGAAGAGAAAAAGGACGAAUCAGCAGAAGAAAGCGAUGGAGAUCUUGGUUUCGACUUGUAUGAUUAG